GUGGGCCCCCACCCGCAGUCUAUUUGGACGGAGGGAGAAAGGCAUGCUCUGAAACCCAUCCCCACAACAACAGUACAGCCUGUGCUAUGAGAGGAUUCUAAAUUUGCCAAGCAGCUCAGGCAUCCCAUUCUCCGUGUUGGUACCUCCCUCUAGGAGACAGACUGACAGACAAGCUGGGCUGAGAGAAGCGACUGGAGAAGUACUGGAACUCAGACUGGAGUGGACACUCUGACAUCAGGUUACAGUAGAACACUCUGAACAAGCCGGGGCAGAGUUGGUAAAGGGUGCCAUGAGUGAGGAGAAAACAAUCACCUGGAUGUAGAAGUGGGAUGGAUUGCUUUGUUAAUGGAACCAUUCAUUCAUUCAUUCCACAGCACUUUAUGUCUCUGUUUGUAUCACCCCAUUGAAGAUACUGGAGUAUUCUGUCAACAGUCACCUGUGAACAUUAAGAUUGCGUGCCUUGGUCUAUACCCUCUGCUGUCACAGCCCCAGGCCUGAUCAGGUGUUCAAAGACUACUUUCAUCUCAGUGAAAAGGCCUGGCACCACAAGGCAGUCAAGUUGCUUUCCAUCACGAGAAAAGAGUCACAACGCCUGUAGAAGUUGGCCAGAGAGCAGAAACUGACUGGCACUCAGACUACCAACAGACAUAUAAUGUGCUAAAAAACAACGCUCACAACUGAAGCCUGACAAUGACGGACAAACUAAAUGGAAAUGGGCCCAAAGCCCCAGAGAAUAGGGUGAAGGGGAAGCCUCCUCCGUACUCUGUGGAAACACCCUAUGGCUUCAGCCUGGACCUGGACUUCCUCAAGUACGUUGACGACAUCGAGAAGGGCCACACCAUAAAGAGGGUCCCCAUCCAGCGCCGGAGCAAGGGGCAGAGGCCCAGCACUCUCCCCAGGAACCUCAAUCUCUCUGGGCAUGGCUACCAGCCUAGCGCCUGGGGCUCCACUGGAGCUCUGGCCUCCAGGUCUCGCCUCCCCAACCCCCACCAAGGCUAUGGCUCUUGGGCUUAUGACGGCAGACCGCCAGCCUCCCCUGGAGGAUACAAGUCUGUGGCAGAGAUGGAAGCCAGUAUCAGGGCCUUUGAUGAGCAGCCCAUGGGGGAGCACAUCAGGCCCAAUCUCCUGCGGGCCUCCAGCCUGCCUCUCACCGUCCUGCUAAGGAAAGGUUCAGAGUCAACUGAGGACCCGGCCAGUCUCCGAAGCUCCAGAGACCAUCUCAGAGGAAGGGACACUUCCACGGAAGACAUCUUCUACUCCCUGGACGGUUCGUCCAACUGUCAGUCCAACCAGGAUUUUUCUGGAACCAUGCGCCGACUCAAUGAAGCCCUGGAGCACAUGGGCAAGCUGGAGGAGGAGGUCCGGGUCAUCCCAGAGCUCAAGGCACAGAUCUACAUCCUGCAGGAGGAGAGGGAGAUGCUCCGUCUUGGACUGAACCCCAAACCCGCAUCCCAAACUUUCUCCAACAGGGCCAAAGACCACUCUUACGUGACCUCUGACCUCAAAAGACCCAGGAAAGAGAGUAAUCUCUUCCUCGCCAACAAUGACGUCACCGAUGACGACUCUAACCAGACACACGAAUGGAGGACAAGCACAGACCUGGAUGAGCUUCUCACAGUGACGUCUCUGCAGGCCAAAGUAGCCAUGCUGGAGCAGAGGCUUCACGAGAGCAGCCUGGACCUCCAGAAGGCCACCGUGCUACUGAGAGAACAGCAGGAGGAGGGCCGGAGGAACGAUGAGAGGAUGUGCCAGAUGAUCAGGAACACUGGGGACUGGGGGAGAGCAGAAAGAGUCCCUGUGGAGCAAGAUGAAAAACAGACUGAGAAUUCUUCUCGGUGGGUCUUAGCAGGUGUGCAUGGUACAUCCAUUAGAGAAAGCUUGAAUGUAGAAGCUUUGUCGACAAACACAGUGACCAUUAGAACAAAUAGACAAAACCCAGGCACUCAGAUUGAGGACCUAGAAGAUGAACAAGUUUGGGUUUCAGCUAGCUCUUUCAUGAUGGAGGCCCAAGUGAACAGUCUUGGAGCUGGUCAACACAGUUCAAAAACGGUGGUCCAUUGCUCUGUCAGAGAACCAGGCCUAGCAGUACCCAUGGAGAACAUGCCCCAGGAGGAAGCCCCCCCAGGGAGCAUGGAUCAAGCUGUGGCAGCCCUCCACGUAAAGAGGAUCCAGUGUCUCCUGGAACAGCAGUGGGAGUGUCUGUGUGGGGGGACAGCACCAGAGGGGGGCAAGGCCCUGGAGCACCCAGACCCCAAGGUCAAUUCACUGCAGGAGGAGAUGAUGAGUCUGGUUCAUACUCUUUCCUCCUACUACAUCCAUGGAUCCAGUGACAGAGAGGUUUCUCAAGGAGUCCCAAAAUCCAUCAUGAAGAGAAAUGGGAGUGCUCGGAUGUCAAAGAACCUCCACUUUGCUGGUGUGAACGGAGGCUUUGAAACAACACCAAAUGAGGACUUGGAUCGUAAGAGCCAUGCAAAGGAGGACAUGUCAGCCCUACAGCAACAACCAGAAGGACAACCUUACCCUGGGGAGAUGGCAGAGAAACUUGCAGACCAUGGGGGUUCCAACCAUGGAGACCAGAAAGAGGGAGACCCAAGCCCAGAUCAAGAGAUGAUGGAAGGAACCGAUCCGAUGGACCAGACUACUCAAACUGCAGAACCAGACAAACAGACAGAUAGUGGUGGGGAUGUGGAAGCUGCAGAACCAGAGGAACAGAACAAGACAGACACAACACCAGAGGAACCCAUGGAAGCAGAACCAGAUCCAAACACAGAUCCCAAACAAGACAGGGAGGCUGUAGAAGGGGAGUUCAUAGCAGCAUGUCAUUUCGUCAGCGAUCACAUGGAUAACAUGGAUAACCCCAAUGAUGAAAUGAGGCAUGGCCUGGUGGUGCUGUUCCAGCAUUGGUUCCGGGUGGCGGCUGAGGAGGACUCUCUGGCCAAUACGGUGUCUGUGCACCUCAGAGAGGUGAGGACGGCCACGCCGUCGCUCCUCCCCUUCUUAGUUAACAUGGCAGACGACAACGGCAACACAGUGCUGCACUACAGCGUGUCUCACACCAACUACCCCAUUGUCAGCCUGCUACUGGACACAGGUGUUUGUGAGGUGGACCUUCAGAACAAGGCGGGGUACACAGCGGUGAUGCUGGCCUCCCUGACGGCCCCGGACAGCUCUGGGGACUUGGAGGUGGUCGGCAGGCUCAUGGAGCUGGGGGACGUCAAUGCUCAAGCCAGCCAGGGGGGUCAAACAGCUCUGAUGCUAGCAGUGAGACAUGGCCGGGGCCUGAUGGUGCGUCUGCUGCUGCACGGCGGGGCCGACACCAACAUCCAGGACUGCCAGGGGGCCACGGCCCUCGUGUGCGCCUGUGAGAGGGGCCACACACACAUCGCCCGACUGCUGUUGCAAGCAGCCGAGUGUGACACCAGCGUCACUGACAGGCGUGGUCGCACGGCUCUGUCUGUAGCACAGCAGGGGUCCCACGUUGACAUCACAGCCCUUCUCCAGGCCCACCAAACACACGCUGAGACGUCUGUCUGAGACUCCUUGCCCUGUCCCCGUGGAUUGACUUAAAGACACAGAUGUUGCAGUGCAAGGAAUGUCCAAGUCCAAAUGGAACCCUGUUCCGUGCUGUCAAUAGAGCCCUUCCUACUGUCAAUAGAGCCCUUCCUGCUGUCAAUAGAGCCCUUCCUGCUGUCAAUAGAGCUCUUCCUACUGUCAAUAGAGCCCUUCCUGCUGUCAAUAGAGCUCUUCCUACUGUCAAUAGAGCUCUUCCUGCUGCCAAUAGAGCCCUUCCUACUGCGAAUAGAGCCCUUCCUACUGUAUAUAGAGCCAUUCUUUAUACCACAACUUAGGUCAAUUAUCUCCUUGUUUCUCUGUCUCCUUCCGUCUCUCUGUCUCCGGUCUUCUUUCUCUUCUCCUUCUCUCCCUUUCUCUCUCUUCUUCUUUUGUUUCCUAUCUCU